AUGGUUAGAGACCCCUCCCUGGAGGCUAUUGCCUCCAGCGAUACACAUAUCUGGCACAGUUUCUUCGGAUCUCCUGGUAGCCUAAACGACAUCAACAUUUUAGAUCGGUCGCCACUGGUCAACAACAUAGUUAAUGGAGGAACGUUGGACGCAAAAUAUCGUCUGAAUGGCAAGCAGCGGCAUCAGGGAUAUUUACUAGCCGAUGGAAUAUAUCCGGAUUGGGCCGUGUUUGUGAAGACGAUUUCAAACCCCAAAAAUGCAAAAGAAAAACUCUUUUCUAAGCUGCAAGAGUCCUAUCGCAAGGACGUGGAGCGCGCGUUCGGUAUCAUGACUUGCAUUAUUCUUCACAACAUGAGAGUCGAAUUAAAAAUCAGCACCGAACAAGAUCAUGAACAGGAGGAAGGCGAUGAGCAACAAGAUCUCGAGGUUGAAAAUGGUUCCGCUGGUCUGAAUAGUGUAGAUGCUCUUUUCCAACAAUAUUGCUCCAAACGAGUAAAAAUUAAGGACACACAGGAAUCCGCUGCUUUGCGGCACGAUCUAGUUGAUCACGCGUGGCAGCAUUUUGGAUGUAAAUCUUAG